AUGUUACUGCAACCGAUUCGUCUACCCACUCAAAAAAAGUCAGCGCCCUACACCAAAUUUCGCAACUGCGCACCACACAGUCACUCGUUCGUUGUGCAGAGGUCUUUCAUGAAGCCAAAUAGCGUCCAACAGCAGAAGUUGGAGUUGCAGUUUCUAUUCUUUGGAUCUGGUCUUUGUUUGCGGCUAUUUUGUUUUUUCUUUUCUUCUGCUAGACAUUUUUUUCUCUCCUCCACGUUUAUUUACCCACUUAGCUUUCAUUUUUUUUUUUUACUCUUUUUCUAUUUACAACUUUUGCUACUUUGUCGUUUUCUUUCUCAGUUUCAUUUUUUUAUUUCCAUAAAGCAUUUUUCUUGCUUUUAUUUGUCACUCACUUCAUUCAUUUUGUCUUCACUUUCCCAAAAACGUCCCUGUUCUUUUUCCUUUCCCCACUUCUCUCUCGUUCUCUUUUCUUUCCUCACUACUGUUCCGUGUUUUUUUUCUUUCCCUUACUUCUCCCUGGUGGUCAUUCCUUUCCCUUACUUCUCCCUGGCGGUCAUUCCUUUCCCUUACUUCUCCCUGGCGGUCAUUCCUUUCCCUUACUUCUCCCUGGUGGUCAUUCCUUUCCCUUACUUCUCCCUGGUGGUCAUUCCUUUCCCUUACUUCUCUCUGGUGGUCUUUCUUUCUCUGGUGGUCUUUCUUUUCUCCUCGCCGUCUUUCUUUUCCUUUACUUUCUCCCUGGUCGUCAUUCCUUUCCCUUUCUUCUCCCUGGUCGUCAUUCCUUUCCCUUACUUCUCUCUGGUGGUCUUUCUUUUCCCUUACUUCUCCCUCGUCGUCUUUCUUUUCCCUUGCUUCUCUCUGGUGACCAUUCCUUUCCCUUACUUCUCCCUGGUGGUCAUUGCUUUCCCUUACUUCUCUCUGGUGGUCAUUGCUUUCCCUUACUUCUCUCUGGUGGUCAUUCCUUUCCCUUACUUCUCUCUGGUGGUCUUUCUUUUCCCUUACUUCUCCCUCGUCGUCUUUCUUUUCCCUUACUUCUCCCUCGUCGUCUUUCUUUUCCCUUACUUCUCCCUCGUCGUCUUUCUUUUCCCUUACUUCUCCCUCGUCGUCUUUCUUUUCCCUUACUUCUCCCUCGUCGUCAUUCCUUUCCCUUACUUCUCUCUGGUGACUAUUACUUUCCCUUACUUCUCCCUGGUCGUCAUUCCUUUCCCUUACUUCUCUCUGGUGGUCUUUCUUUUCCCUUACUUCUCCCUGGUCGUCAUUCCUUUCCCUUACUUCUCCCUGGUCGUCAUUCCUUUCCCUUACUUCUCCCUAGUGGUCAUUCCUUUUCCCUUACUUCUCCCUGGUGGUCUUCCUUUUCCCUUACUUCUCCCUGGUGGUCAUUCCUUUCCCUUACUUCUCUCUGGUGGUCUUCCUUUUCCCUUACUUCUCCCUGGUGGUCAUUCCUUUCCCUUACUUCUCUCUGGUGGUCUUCCUUUUCCCUUACUUCUCCCUGGUCGUCAUUCCUUUCCCUUACUUCUCUCUCUUUGUCUUCCCUUUCCCCACUUUCAAGUUUUCUCAAGUGCACAGCCUUCCUGGGUAUGA